GUAGAAAGGCUGAGGGUCGACAGCGUGCCAAACGCCUGACCGAGCGUCAGAGACAGGCAGAACAGCAGACAGACCAGGUGGCACGCCCAGCCAGGGAGUGGGCUCACAUCCAGGACACUUGAAGUGGGGCCCCUGAAUAUUGCAUCCCUGAAGAAGAUCCCUUCCUUUGGGUUUUGGAGAAAGUGAAAGAGUUCAUUAUUAUAAUCGGUGGCAUGAUGGCAUCCAAGGGUAGGUGACAAGGGCUGAGAGACAAGUGUAUCCAUGGCAGUGAGUGAGAGAGCAGAGGCAGAGGCACUUGCUGGCGACGAGAAUGACUGUUGAGAUGAUGUCAGAGAUCAAUGGUGACACGAGCGCAAUCAUAGGAGAGCCGGACAAGACAUCGGCGGUGGAAAUACCGGAGACGACCAAAGAUGGUGAUGGGGGAAAAGAGAAUCCCUACAAGGGAUCGGAGAAUGAGACGGCAAAAGUGGCAGAGUCCCAUAGUACCAAUGAAAAAUCCAAGGAGGCGGAGAAAGAAAACCCUGAUGUACCCGAUGAGUCUGGUGAUGCAAAAGACGAAUCGGCCUUCUUUGACCCUAGCAAGAGGAUGUCGGAAAUUCUUGGUCCUGCAAAGAAAGUGGUGGAAAUCCUCAACUUGGCCCGCUCGGCUGUUGAAGCGCCCCUUCCUGAAGGGACGUCGGCGGAUGCAGCAGGUCGCCGACACUCUGUCGAUCCCGGUGCGCUUGAUGCCAGCAAACUAGACGAGGGGGAGGAGCUAGGACUGCAAAGGAGAAUGUCGGCUGUGCAGGAGAAGAGCAAAAAGAUGUCACUGUUCUCAGAGGCGCCUCUUGCCCGGAACGCGGAAGAGAACGCUUUACUUGGAUUGAUGGGGGGUGUUCCGGGACACCAGGAUGACGAGGACGAGGAUGACGAUAUUUUCUUUCGGAAGCGAGUUUCACUUGCAGCAGCUGAAAGCAUUGACGAUUUGAAAACGAACAUCACGCUUAUGCAGGCAACAGAGAAUCAGGACCUGGAGAGCGUUCUUGCUUGCAUAACGGAGGGAGAUGACAUUGAUCAGCGGAACCCAGUGACAUUCGACACCCCAUUGCUUGUGGCGGCUCGGUUUGGGAGGGAGGAUAUAGUGAGGACCUUGCUGGAAGCAGGCGCGUGCGCCACAGUGAAGAAUUCUGUAGGAGACACCCCACUGCACUGGACUGCGUACAAAGGCGAUAUGGCUGCCGUGAAGAUGCUGAUUGCAAGAGGGGCCAACGUAGAUGCUGUGGGUGAAUAUGGGAACAGGCCCAUACACCUGGCAUCCAGUGCCGGCCACAGACGCAUUGUCAGUUUGCUGCUUCAGGAAGGUGCAAGUGCUGAUGCACGAAAUGAUUUCGGCAACAAUGCGCUCGCCAUUGCGAACGAUCCAGAGAUCAGGAAGAUGGUGAAGAAUGUGAUGACAAACGGGGACGCAGAGAGGGAGCUUCUUCGAGUGAAAGAUAUUGAACAGAAAAACAUUGCGGCAGCAAAACGAGAGGAAGCCAGGAAGAAGGAGGAGGAGGAGGAAAACCGCAGGAAGGAGCAACUGGAGGCCGAUCUUGCCCGACGGGAAAGGGACUUCCAAGAAGAGAAACGGCUGGAAGAGGAGGAGAUGUUGAGGGAACUCCACGCAAAGCAAGAGAGGUUACUCAAGGAAGAACAAUCGCGAAUGGAAGAGGAGCGUCUGAGGCUGGAGGAGGAGGAGAGGCUUAGGGCCGAAGCACUGAGGAAGAGGAGGAGGAAGAAAGGCAAGAAAGGGAAGAAGGAUGCCAAGAAAGGUGCCGGGAAAAAAGCAGGAUCAGUCAGAAGUGGGGCCGCGAGCAGGGCGGCAUCCCGUCAACAAGGGAGACCCGCUUCACGAGGAGACAAAAAGAAGAAAUGAAAGUCUUUAUUCAAACAAACUCAGUGCAAUUAC